AUGGCCAAACAGCAGCGUGUGGAGGAAGUGGAGGCUCUGAGGGCAGAAGUGGAGUGUUUGAGGGAACACCUCCGCUCACUGCAGACAGGGGGAGCUAUCCCACUUACUGCUACUGCAGGAGAGACCAGCCUCAGUCUGCCUCCCUCACAGGAGGUCCUGGGUAAGAGCUUUUCAGUGGUGACAGGCUGUUGUCCUCAUGGUGACAGCUGUUGAUCCUCAUGGUGACAGGCUGUUGUCUCGUGGUGACAGGCUGUUGUCUCAUGGUGACAGGCUGUUGUCUCAUGGUGACAGGCUGUUGUCUCAUGGUGACAGGCUGUUGUCUCAUGGUGACAGGCUGUUGUCUCAUGGUGACAGGCUGUUCUCUCAUGGUGACAGGCUGUUGUCUCAUGGUGACAGGCUGUUGUCUCAUGGUGACAGGCUGUUCUCUCAUGGUGACAGGCUGUUCUCAUUAAGGGUUCAUGCAGAAAGAAAACAUUCUUUAUACUGGAGAACUGGCAAGAACUGUCCUCUCUACCUUCAUCCUCUCUCUCUCUACCGUCGGCCUCCUCUCUCUCCCGUCGGCCUCUCUCUCUCUCUCACGUCGCCUCUCCUCUCUCUCUCUCGCCCUACCUCGGCCUCUCUCCUCUCUCUACCCGUCGGCCUCUCUCUCUUCUCUACCUUCACCCCACACGUCGGCCUCUCUCUCUCUCUCUACCGUCGCCUCUCUCUCUCUCUCUAACCGUCGGCCUCUCUCUCUCCUCUCUCUCUCUAACCGUCGGCCUCUCCUCUCUCUCUCUACACCGUCGGCCCUCUCUCCUCUCUCUCUCGUCGGCCUCUCUGCUCUCUCUAACCGUCGGCCCUCUCUCUCUCUACCGUCGGCCCUCUCUCUCUCUCUAACCGUCGGCCUCUCUCUCCUCUCUAACCGUCGGCCUCUCUCCUCUACCGUCGCCUCUCUCUCUCUACCGUCGGCCUCUCUCUCUUCUCUACCGUCGCCUCUCUCUCUCUAAACCCUCGGCCUCUCUCCUCUAACCGUCGCCUCUCUCUCUCUCUACCGUCCGGCCUCUCUCUCUCUACCGUCGGCCCUCUCUCUCUCUCUCUACCGUCGGCCUCUCUCUCUCUCUCUAAUCUACCGUCGGCCUCUCUCUCUCUCUCUACCGUCGGCCUCUCUCUCUCUCUCUACCGUCGGCCUCUCUCUCUCUCUUACCGUCGCCUCUCCUCUCCUCUCUCCUCUCUACCACCGUCGGCCUCUCUCUCUCUCUCUACCGUCGGCCUCCUCUCUCUCUCUCUCCUAACUACCGUCGGCCUCUCUCUCUCCUCUAAACCGUCGGCCUCUCUCUCUCUCUCUACCGUCGGUCUCUCUCCUCUCCCUCCUCCCUCUCUCUCUCUAAUAACCGCGUCCUCGCUCUCUCCUCCUCUCUCCUCUCUACCGUCGGCCUCUCUCUCUCUCUCUACCGUCGGCCUCUCUCUCUCUCUCUAAUCUACCGUCGGCCUCUCUCUCUCUCUCUACUAAAACCGUCGGCCUCCUCUCUCUCUACCGUCGGCCUCCUCUCUCUCUCUCUAACCCUCUCUCUUCUCUAACCGUCGGCCUCUCUCUCUCCUCUCUAACCGUCGGCCUCUCUCUCUACCGUCGGCCUCUCUCUUCGCUCUCCCUCUCUCUCUCUCUCUCUAAAACCUCCUCUCUCUCUCCUCUCUAUCUCUAAUCGUGCCUCUAUACUCUCUCUCAUAACUCCGUGCCCUCUCUCUAUCUCUCUAAUCCUACCUACUAAACUCUCAAACUCCGUCGGCCUCUCUCUCUAACCUCUCUUCUCUAACCGUCGGCCUCUCUCUCUCUCUCUACCCGUCGGCCUCCUCUCUCUCACCUCAGUUCUCUCUCUUCUCUAAAAAAAUUUCUGCCUCCUACGUCUCAUGCUUCUACUGCUAGGUUCUGACUCAAGCCUCCUCUCUUCUCUUCUAUCCUGUUCGUGCUCUCUCCUCUACGUUCGCUCUAUCUCUGCGAAAUUAUCGUCACUUAAUCUACCUGUCCUCUACUCUCUUUUAAUCUAACCAAGUCGCUUUUAUCGUCUACUUAUUCAAGUCGAGCUUCUUUUUUCUAAUCUCCGUGCCUAUUCCCAUUCUCAUGACAUUCGUAAACCUCUAAUUACUGUACUCCUCUGACCUCGCACCUCCCUCUCUCUAACCGUCAUUGCCGUUCUGCUCUUAUAAAACCAUUAAUAAAGCUAUCCUGAAGUCCUCUAUAGUAGUUCUAUUAGUAUUAAAGCUAGAUUCAUAACAAUUCUAAAAUUACUGCCGCCUCCCCUUCUAUCACAAUUGGACUAUGUUCCGCUGUCAUUCAUUUGCACUUUCUAUCCCGAUUCGACCAGCUAUAGACGAUUCAGACAGCACAAAACUGCUUUACAUCAGGAUUUAGGAAAUUACUGGCCACUGUCUAUUGCUAUUCACUGCAGAUCCCGCCUUCUUUCCGAUUUGAUCAACCUUUUUUGCCUCGGUGUGUGGCUCCUGGCCGGCGAUAGGCUACUUUGUUUUAUAGUGGAGCCGGACGGCGCUCCGGCCCAAGUCAAGCACUGCUUUUAAUAUAAACUUGUCUCAUUUCAAGUGAUAUUUGAUGUUAAUAAGUUAGAAACUCACUGUAGAAAUGGUCUGUUUUAAGCCUUGUUCACAUUGGUAGUUUCAAGUGACUAAAAUCCUAUUUUAUUGCAUAUCCGAUUCAAAUCUGAUUAUUUUUCCUGCAGUCUGUACAGCGAGAAAGCAUACGGAAUCUGAUAGUCCGAUACAAAUCUGAUUCCUGGCCAUGCGACUUGUCUGAACCAUGGUUUUUAGACUGUUAUUUGGCAUAUCUUGUUGCUUGCUAGAUACUCUGUCAGUUUAACAAUAACGUGGUAGCUAAGUAGCUUAUUAAUCGUUUACAAACUAAUUAGUGAAUGUGCUAGAAAGCUAAACAGCUACCUAGCUAGCUAGUUGGCUGCUGUGGCUAGCCAAAUAAGGACUCGUUUGAAAGUUGGAUCAUCUUUUCCUUUGAGACUUUAAGUGUUCUUACACUAUGCUUUUGAACAUUCAAUGCAACUGAGAAACGUCCAUGGCAGGCAUUGUUGUCGCCUUAGCUUGCUACAUAAUUUCUGAUUUGAUAGGAAGCACGCGCACCACCACCAAUCAGCCUACACCACUGCACACACACACUGGCUGUUACUAUGACAACUAGCGUAGCCAUGACAGCAAAUGACUGCCGUCUGAACACGCACACGUCCGAUUUGGUCACUUGUAACUUGCUGUUUGGACGGUCAGUAUUCCAAAACGGAUUUGAGCAUUAAGGCCUGCAGUGUGAACAAGGCUUUAGGUACCCUAAAGAUAGAUACUGACAGACUGAAACUCACUGUAGAAAUGGUCUGUUUGCACACACACACACAGAUAGACUGAACACAGAGAUGGUCUGUCUUAGGGAGAGUGAAAGGAGAGGACUGAGAGAGAAUGAGAAUGGAGAACCGAGGAAAACAAGAAGUGUGAAACAAGAAAGAUAGAGUAAAGAAAGGUAGGAGGAGAAAAAAAAAUUUUUCCAAUUUGCACAAAUGCGUGUUAAAACCCCUUUACAUUGUGAAACAGGACGUAAAUCACCCCCACCCCCUUUUUAUGAUUUCUUGCUCCGCUCUCUCUCGCUGGGGCUCCCGCUUUUUCGCAAAGUGGUUUAAAUUUAAAGGCAAAUUGAAGUGAGGAAAAAAGGAAUUUACAGAAUGGGGGGAGUUCAAGGGAAAUGCUCCCCUUUAAAUGCCGUAAAAUUUCCCCACUCCUCUCUCUCCCGCUCCUUUGGGUCUGUAUCUCCCUUUCCCCACUGUUUUUUUAUUUUUCUCUCGCCCCCCCUCCCCUUUUCUCUUUUCUCCCCCUCUCCCUCUCUCUCCCCCCCUCCCCCCCUCCCUCUCCCCUCCUCUCUUUUCCCCUUUCCCCCCCUCUCUCUCUCCCCCUCCCCCUUUAAAUUUUAUAGGGGGAAAAACUUUGGGUAGCUUUAAAAUGUUCGGGCUAUUUAAACCCCAAAAGCUCACUUUGAGCCCCAAUUUCCCCCCCCCCAAAAAACCCAAAGGAGCUGUGUUUUCUCUCUCCUUUUCCCUUUUUCUUAUCGUCCUCUUUUUUUUCCUUUCCACUUGAGCUUCCUGUAUUUUUCCCUUUUCCAAUCUAAUCUAAAAGAAAUGUUUCUGCUAAAUCUUUGGGAAAAUACGAAUCUUUUGAACCAUAGAACCCCCUGAAAUUUUUUGUAAAAAAUUCCCUUUUACAACCAUAAAAACCCGGGCCCCCCCAAAAUCAUUAUAAUUGCCUUCGGGGGCGUCAGGUUAAAAAAGCGGAUCUAGUGAUUUUUAAAAUUCCCUUUUUGCCUGAAAAACGGGAAAUGGGAACUCGGGUUUUUGGUGUCCCUUUUUCCCCAUGCACCCUUUUGGGUUUCUGGAAAAGACUCUUUAUAACGCAGCUGGUUAUCAGAUGGAGAAUGGGGGAGAAAUAGAUAGGAGAGAGAUGGGAGGGGAUGAAUGAACGGUGCGUGGGCAAAUCAGUUUGGGAAUUGGGAAAAAGGACAGGUGUGAAAAAGAGAAUUUUCGUUAGGAGAGGGAUGGUUUUGAAAGGGGAGAUUGGAAAAGGGGGGAUUUUUCUUAAAGGGCAAAAAACUUCCCUUUUGAUGGUUCGUUAACCUUCAUUUGGGUUUGUGUGUGUGUUCUCUCCAGUGUGUUAAAUCCUCAGAGAGCCACCUGCGACCCUGUCAGGAAAGAUGAUUCACUUUCAAAUUUAAAUUUAAAAUCAUGUACCCCGCCGCCCCCCCUCUCCCUCUCCUCUCUCCCUCCCCCUUCCCCUCUCCCUUUUCCCUCUCCUCUCUCUCCCCCUCUCUCCCCCCCCUCUCUCCCCCUCUCUCUCUCUCUUUUUCCUCCCCCUGCACCCCCCACUUUUAUAUUCCCCCCUCUAACAACCACCGCAAGUUUUCCUAUUGUGUGGUUUGUUCCGGGUUUUCGGUGUGGUUAUAUUACCCCCACAUGUAGCCUGCCUGGUAAUGACUUUUUUGCGCAAAACACCCGGAAGGGACGGGGCAUCCCACUGGGCAGGGGGUUUUGUGGGACACGGGCAUCCCCCUGAGGCAAGGUUUUUGGUGUGGAGCACAGAGCAUCCCUCAACUGAGGCAGGGUGUGUGUGAGCACAGAGCAUUUCCCCCUGAGGAGGUUUUGGGGGUGGGGCCAGAGCAUCCCCCUGAGGCAGGUGUGUGGCCACCCGGGGCAUCCCACGGAGGGGGGUGGGACACUGAGCAGUCCCACUGAGGCAGGGUGUUGUGGGGCCAAGCAUCCCCCUGAGGCGGGGGUGGGGUGGAGCACGAGCAUCCCCCAGGCAAAGGGGGUGGACACAGACCCCCUUAGGCAGGGUGUGGUUUGGGGCACAGAGCAUUCCCCCUGAGGCAGGAGUGUGGGCAACCCGACAUCCCACUGAGGGGGGAUGUGUGGAGCCCCAGAGCUCCCCUGAGGGAGGAUGUGUUUGGGGCACAGAGCCAAACCCACUGAGGCCGGGGGUUGUGGCCCUUAAAAAGGGGUUUUUAGCGUGGGUGUUGUUUAUCUCUUCUGUUUUCUGCUUCCCUCUCUUUCUCUUCCUUCUUUCCAUGUCCUUCUCUCUCAUCUAUUUACCCUUCUCUGCCCUCUCCCCUCUCUCUCGCUCUCCUUUCCCCACACUCCCCUCUCUCCCCUCCUUCCUCUCUCCCCCUCCUUUCCCCCCCUAUCUUUCCCUUUUCCCCCGCUAUUCCCCUCUCCCUUUCCCCCGCUCUCUCUCUCCCUGUCUUUCCCCCGCUUUUGCUCUCUCCUUUUCCCCCACCCUCCUUUCUCUUCCCCCGUUCCCCACACCCCUCUCUCCUUUCCCCCCCUCUCCCUCUCCCCUUUUCCCCCCCUCUCUUUUCUCCCUUUCCCCACCUCUCCCCUCCCCUCCUUUUCCCCCCACUCUUUCCCCUCCUUUCCCCCACUCUCCCCUCUCUCUUUUCCUUUCCCCCCCAAAACCCCUCUCACCCUUUCCCCCCCCUUUUCCCCUCUCCUUUCCCCCCCCCUCUCCCGUUUUCCCCCCCUCUUUUUCGUCUCCUUUCCCCCCUCUCUCCUUUCCCCCACCUCUCCCCCUUUUUCCCCCCUUUCCCCUCUCUCUUUUCCUCUCCUUUCCCACCACCUCUCCCCUCUCCUUUCCCCACAACUCUCUCUCCGUUCCCCACACCUCUUUUUUUGCUCUCCUUUUCCCCCCUCUCUCCUUUCCCCACAAACCCUCUCCCUUUUCCCCACACUCUCUCCCCUCCUUUUCCCCCCUUUUCCCCCCCCCUCCCCCUCUCUCCCUUUCCCCCCCACCCUUUUCCCCUCCCUUCUCCCCCCUCUUUUCCUCCUUUUUUCCCCCCACACCUCUCUCCCCCUCCUUUUCCCCCCACUUCUCUCUCCUCCUUUUCCCCCACACUCUCCCCUCUCCCCCUUUCCCCCCCUCUCCUCUUUUCCCCCCCCUUUUCCCCCCUAUCUCUCCUUUUCCUUCUUCUCUCUCUCUCCUUUCCACUCCCCCCCUCUCUCCCCCUCCUUUCCCCCCUCCCCUCUCUCUCUCUCUCCUUUUUUCCCUCUCCUUUUCUCUCCCUUUUUCCCCUCUCUCCCUCCUUUACUCUCUCUCUCCCCCCCUUUUCCCCUCUUUUCCCCCCUCUCCUUUCCCUCUCCCCUCUCUCUCCUUUUCCCCACAUCUCCCUCCUUUCCCCCCCACUCUCUCCCCCUUUCCCCACACUCUCCCUCCUUUCCCCACUCUCCCCUCCCCAUUUCCCCCCUCUCUCUCCCUUUCCCUCUCCCCUCCUUUCCCCCCUCUCUCUCUCCCCUUUUUCUCCUCUCUCCUUUUCCCCCCAAUCUCCCCUUUCCCCCCACUCUCUCUCCUUUCCCCACACUCUUCUUCCUUCCUUCCCCCUUUCCCUCCCCCCUUUUCCCCCCUCCUUUCCCCUUUUUUUCUCCUUUUCCCUUUUCCCCUCCCUUUCCUUUCCUUUUCUCUUUUCCCUUUUUUCCUUUUCUCUCCCCCUUUCCCCCCCCCUCUCCUUUCCCCCCUCUCCUUUUUCCCCCUCCCCCUCCUUUUUUCCCCCCCCUUCCUUUCCCCCCCGCUCUCUUUUCCCUUUCCCCUUUCCCCCGUCCCUUCUCCCUUUCCCCAAAUCCCCUCUCUCUCUCCCCUCUCUCUUUUCUCUCUUCUUCCUUUUCCCCCUUUCCUUUCCCCAAAACUCUUCCUUUUCCUUUCCCCGCCACUUUUCCUCCCCUUUCCCCACGCUAUCCCUCCUUUCCCCACCUUAUCUCUCUUUUCCUUUCCCCGCCCCCCUAAAACCCCUCUUCCCUUUUCCCAACCCCCUAUCCUCUCCCCCUCCUUUUUUCCCCCGCUAUCCUCCUCCCUUUUCCCCCCCUUCUCUCUCCCUCCUUUCCCCCCGCUAUUUUCUCUCCCUCCUUUUUCCCCCCCUUCCUCUCUCCUUUCCCUUUCCCCCCCUCUUCUUUUCCCUCCUUUUCCCCCCCUUCUCCUCUCCUUUCCCCCUCCUUUUCCCCUCCUUCCCCCCCUCCCCCUUUCCCCCCCCCCCCACUCCCCCCUCCCUUCCCCUUUUCCCCCCCACUCUUUCUCCUUUUUUCCCUUUUCCCCCCUUUCCCCCUCCCCCCUUUUUCCCCUUCCCCUUCCCUCUCUCCCCUUUCCCCACACCCCUCUCUCCUCCUUUCCCCCCCUUUCCCCUCUUUCUAAUUUUCCCCCAACCCCCUUCUCUUUUUCCCCCCUUUUCCUCCUUUCCCCCCUCUCUCCUUUCCCUCCCUCCCCCCCCUUCUCUCCUCCUCCCUUUUCCUUUCCUUCCCCUUUUCCCCCUUUUCCCUCUCUCUUCCCCCCUCCUUUUCCUUUUCCCCCCUCUCUCCCUUUAUUCCCUUUUCCCCUUUUUUCCCCCCCACUCUCUUCUCUUUUUCCCCCCUCUCCCCUCUCUCCUUUCCCCUCUCCCUCUUCCCCUCAUUUCCCCCCCUCCUCUCCUUCCCCCCUUUCCCCUCCCCUCUCUCUCCUUUCCACCUCUUCCCCCCUGGGCUGGCGUUUCUCCCUCCUAUCCCGCUCUUUUCCUUUUAUUUCUUUAAACAAAAACCUUUAAAUUUUGAAUUACUUUUUUAACCACAUUAAACAAAUCACCCCCCAAGCUGCUAAAAAGUAAAUUUUAUUAUUUUACCCCCAACUAAAAAGUCCCCCGUUGAUUAAAAGCUAAAGUAAAUUUUAAAUUUUUCCCCCUAGCUAAUCAGUCCUGUUGAUGAGCCACUGCUAA